GAUCAUAAGUGCCUACCUAUUUGUCAUCUCAAGAUUGUCAAUUUUCGUGAUGGAGAGGAGGUGUAAUAAAAGAAGUCAUUUGGUGCAUUAAUUGAUUCCACGCAAAGAAACUUCCUGAAAUUCAGAGGUUUUGUAUUAACUCGCUUCUGUAUAAUUUUCAAGUGAAUCAAGUAGUGAUCGGCCGAAUCAGAGUGACCGUAGUUUUAGUUUACUGAACUUCGACCUUCGGCUUCGUCGGACAACUCCUCCAGUGAGACAAGAAACCAAACGUCCAAACCAGUCUCUGCCCGGCCGAAGCAACGGGCAAGGUGAAUGCACACGCCCUGCUAAUCCCGUCGCGAUGCUGGUGUUCUCACUCUCAGCAUGUGCCAUUUCUUAAUUCCACUCUCUACUCAAAAUCGAACUUAUUACGUUUCUAGGACAAGAUAACACUUAAAUAACCAACAUGGAUCUCGGCAAACCUAAUCUUCUUCGUUUUUCCAAUGUUGUUCUUCGCCUCCCGAGUGUUUUUAUUCUGGAAUCUCUUUACCAUUCGAGGGCUAAAAAACUGAUUGAAGAUAGCGAUGUGCUGAACAAUGAAGUGGUGGAAAAGCUUGGAGUUGCACCUGAGAAAUUAACUCUUGGUGCUCAAUAUGUUGGUUAUCUGAUUGCUCUUCUGUUGCAUGCUUUGCCGCUGCACAUGCUCUUCAAGUUCUAUGUCCACAUGAUCGUUGGUAUCCUGAUCCUUGCCUCCCACCAUCUCUCCAGCCACUACCUUGCCCUACAAGCCCACGCUGACCCUGCCAGUCACGAGUCUAUCUACAACACCACCUCCAGCAUUCAUCAGCUCUUCAUGUUCAUCAGUCUCCAGACAGUGAUCUGCGUGGUUUGCUCGCAGCUUCUCAAGACGAGGCACAUCUGGGCCUUUGCGUCAUACCUUUUACCGCUUCUUGCGCGAGCCUGCGGGCUGUCAGUGCCAUUCGCGGUGGUCAUGCACGCAAUUGCAGAAAUCAUCUGUAUGGUAGUCGUCACUGUCUUUACCCUGAGGCACAUCCUGGUGCCAUACCGCCUGGCUCUCAUUGGGUUGCAGACCUUGCAGGAGUAUAUCGAGUUGUAUGGAAUUGUCAGUGUCGUUUUGGCCCUUUAUAACAGGUUCUUUGUGCCUGCCAUAUACUUGGUGUUCUGGAUAACCAUAUUUUUGUACCAGCUCUACUCAUACUUUGCCAACAAAAGCCAUAUGGCUGUGCAGGAGAAAUGGGUUCUGAUCCUUCUUGCAUCUGUAGCGGAUUGUUGCGUCAGCCCCUGGAGCCUGGUUGGGCUCAGCUUCACAGUGUCCUACACAGCGUAUAUUGUGCUUACAUUCUGCAAGGUGUACCUGAAGGGAUUCAGUGAGAGAGAACAUAGGGAUUUCCUGCACAGAGGAUGGACAGAAGGGGUGACUCUUAUGUUGCUGGCAAUGCAGACAGGCCUUCUCAGCCUGAAAAAGUUUGAGAAAAUCCUCCUCCUCAGUAUUGUACUCUUUAUUGUGAUCUCGUCUACAAUCCAAUCUAUCCAUGAACUGACCAACCCUGUGUUGUUGUCUCUUGGAGCAUCCAACAAUCGCAGUGUUGGGAAACAUGUCAAAGUUCUGGCCCUCAGUUUCGCCUUGAUGUGUGUCCCGCUAUAUAUGAGCUACAUGGUUUUCACUAUUUUUGACAUGGAGCUGUGGCUUUUAAUCAUUGUGUCAAGUUGCUUGCUGACAGCUAUUCAGACGUUGGGUUCAGUCUUGAUCUAUGCCCUCUUUAUGGUGGAUCACCGCUACGAAACACCUUGGGAAUCGCUGGAUGAUGUCAUCUAUAGCAUCCAAUCUCUGUGCCAUAUUCUAGAGUUUUUCCUGGCCCUUUUUGUCCUCUGCUAUGGAGGGCUGGAAUCUAUGAAUGCCAGCUACAACCUCACUGGCGGUUUAGUGAUCGUGGUGCACUCCUACUUCAACGUGUACCAACGUGCUCAAGCGGGAUGGAAUACCUUCAUAAAGCGUCGCAAUGCAUCGCGGAAGAUCAGCCAUCUCCCCAAGGCAGACCCUGCAGAGUUGUCCUCCAGGAAAGAUCUCUGUCCGAUCUGUUAUGAAGAGAUGCUGUCAGCGUGCAUCACCCCUUGCAAGCAUUUAUUCCACAGUAUCUGCUUGCGGAAGUGGCUCUAUGUCCAGGAGAAGUGUCCGUUGUGUCACAGUGCUAUUGUGGAAUCCAAUCCCAGCGGGUCUGGUGAUAACGUAAGUCAAGACCAACAGCCCACCAACCAGGAACAAGACAGUUCGCAGCCGGGUGCUCAUGGGGAUGCUGAUUCAGCUAUAACUGAUUCAGCUACAGACAGCGCCAAGGUACUGCCUUCACAAGAAUGCCCUCAAAAUGCUACCACCGAUUCCCCAUCAGAAUCUAGGUCAGUAUCAACAGUUAACUCGGGAGAAGAUUCCAACUCAAUGUCAAAAGGUGUUGCAUGUGUUUCCCCUGAAGACCAAAAUUGCUCCAAGAGCUUGCACAGUUCCAUUCCUGCUAAUGUUUUAGUGAGUUAAAUAAUGUGAAUAUUCAGAUUCUUUUAUGUCUUUUUUUUCUAGAGAAAUGUAUGAUGGUAAAUCUUUAGAAAAAUAAAACAGCAGAUAUUUGUGUGAAGAGUACAUGUAGCUUAAAAGGCUCAGUGCAUCACCACUUGAUAUGCUGUACAUGUACUUUGUACAAAGUUGCUGUAUGUUCAAAUAUUUUUUUAAAGAUGAAAUUGCUAAUUGAAAUUGCAAGUGAGGUUCCAUUCAAAUCACAUUCAAAUUGGAAAGUUUGCGGAAAUGAAAUAUAAUCAGGUAUGAUUUGAAAAUGGAAUAAUCUAAAUCUACUUGUAUUUGAACAAGUACAGUACACCCCAUCAGAUUGGACCUUUCUUUAUAAUUAUAGUGCAAAAGCUUUCUUGCAAAAAUGCCAUUGUCCAUUAGGCUUGCCAGUAUAUCUAUUAUCCUGCAUUUGAUCAAAUUUUAGAGGCUUUCGUAUAUAUGUAUUCUGUAGCUUUAUAAGGUUUUGUCCACCUGAACAAAAAUUUGAUUUGAAACAAAUUCCUGAAAAAAUAAUAUAACUACCACUAGCACAUUACAAAAUGUUACAUGCACACUAUAGAUAUUUGUUAUCACUAGUCUGCACAAUGUAUUUGUACAUUGUAUGUACAAUUGUACAUGUACAUAUAAUGUGAUAUUUAUUUUUGGGGGGCUCAAAUAAUGUAAAAAAUGUAAUCUGACUCCUCAUUGAACCAGUGAAAUCAGCAUAAAAAUGUGUGGUUCAACAAAGAAAAGUGAAAUAUUUUAAUACAUGUACAUGUAGUUGAAAUGUACCAAAAUUACUACAUGGUACAAUUGUACACAAAGAAUAGUGUUUGACAUACAUUAUAAGCACUUGCACAUCGACAUCAACCAUGAUGCAUUUCGCUGUUAAAUAUGUACAGAUAAAAUUGCAAAACUAUAAAAUCUUAUAUAUUUCUCAUUCUACCUGUACAUGUGUAUCAAAUUUUGAUGAAAUCGUCAGUAUUUUGCUUGUCUAAUUGUACUCUAUUCCUCUUGAUAUUGGAUGGACUUGGCCUUUAAGUCUUCUUUAAUGUAGAUAUUAAUAUUAUGAUUUAUUAUGUAAUGGGGAUAUGACAGGGUUAAUGAUCAACAUUAUGCGUACAUGUAUGUGUAUGCAUAUUAUGAUGGCCUUUGAUCCCGUUUAUACAGUAAUGCAUACAUGUAUGUGUGUAGAUGUUUAUAAAGUAUAAUGUUAAAUUUUGUACUUGUGAAUGACUUGAAAAUGUAAAAAUUGUAUUAUUACUGUACAUGCAUACAUUUAGAAAAAUAUUUACUUGUACAUGUACAUGUAGAUGUUUCAGUAAUGUCGACCAUGUAAUCUGCAGUAAGUUCUAUUUGGUAAAUUCCAAUGUCUUGAAAUUAAGUGCAUGUACUACAUUUUACAUGAUGCAAUUUCAUUUGAUGUAUUGCCAUUGAAUUGAAAGAUAAUUGAGGCUGACUUGAAGAUGAUAAUGCUGAAUAACAAAUAUUCCCAAUUUUGGUUUCUUCCAAGUUCCAGCUUACAAAUCGCAAUUACAGUGUUCUACAUUACACUGUAGUCAGUGUAUUGUGCAUUCAUGAAUUGAUAUAUUUAUAGUCUGAUGAGCAUUGCUCAUCAAACUGCAGCAACUCUUGUUAUUUUAAUUGAAAUGCUUAUAUCUAAAUGCACUUCCUAGAGCUGCGUCACCUUGAAUUUUAUAAAUGCAAUGGUAUACCUAAACCUAGAGAUCAUCUGCUACAUGUAGCUCAUUGCUUGUUGCUGAAAAAUAUUGUUUUGAAGGGGGAGGGGGAUUCUAAAAAAAAAUAAGCGAAACAUAACAGAAUUAUUUUCUUUCCCUGCUGUGCUGAUUUUUGAUGUGUGAAAAAUGCCAAAUUGAUCUUAAUAAUCUGAAAGCUUUAAUAAAAGAUGCCUCACUUGCCAGGUGCCACAACUGAUAUGAAAUAAUUAAUUCAAAAAAUAUGUUCAAGAUGUAAAGCUCUCUCUUGCUGAAAUGUCCCAUUGUGUAUAAUUUACAGAAUAUUAAAAAUAGCUUUAUUUUUUUGAAAAAUAUGAUUUAAAAGGUGAUAUGUUCAGUCAUUGGUGAGCAAAUGUAAUGUAUGUACUGAUCAUAAUUUGAAUAUUUGGGUAGUAUCCCAAGCAUAAGGUAUGAUGUAUGCUGAGCAUUAAUGUUCAUGUACUAUGGUGGUCCGCAGUGUUAGGGGCCCUACCGGUAUACAUAUAGAUGAUUUCUGACCACCACUCAUGAUAAACACUACUUCUGACCACCACUAAUUUCAAACGGAAAGUCUUUCAAACAGAACUCUGUGCAGAGAAGAAUUGUACUUGCAUUGAUUUCCAUCUUUAAUCUUGUUUCCUUUGCACGAUUUACAACAUUAAAGCAUUAUCUUCAAAGAAAUGCCAAUGCCAAUAUUAGUUAAAUGAUGUUCAUUCACUUUAAAAGGCAUCAAAACAACUGCAUGUGAUUCUGCC